AUGGCGGACCAGCCGGUGGGCGGCGCCGGGCCGGAGGAGAUUUGGCGGCGGCGACCCAAGACCAAGAUCGUCUGCACCCUCGGCCCGGCCUCGCGCUCCGUCGAGAUGUGCGCGCGCCUCCUGCGCGCCGGCAUGUGCGUCGCCAGGUUCAACUUCUCCCACGGCUCCCACGAGUACCACCAGGAGACCCUCGACAACCUCCACAAGGCCAUGGAAAUCACCGGCAUUCUCUGCGCCGUCAUGCUCGACACCAAGGGACCGGAGAUCCGCACAGGUUUUCUGAAAGACGGCAAGCCCAUAAAGCUGACUCAGGGGCAAGAGAUUACCAUCACCACCGAUUAUACCAUCAAGGGCGAUGAGACCAUGAUUUCUAUGAGCUACUCAAAGUUGGCUGUAGAUGUGAAGCCUGGGAGUACUAUACUAUGCUCUGACGGCACCAUCACACUCACAGCGCUUUCUUGCGAUACUGAGAAGGGUCUUGUUCACUGCCGAUGCGAGAACUCUGCUCUCCUAGGUGAGAGGAAGAAUGUCAAUCUUCCUGGAGUCAUUGUGGAUCUUCCAACACUUACAGAGAAGGACAAGGUGGAUAUCAUGCAGUGGGGUGUGCCAAACAAGAUUGACAUGAUUGCACUCUCCUUUGUACGGAAAGGAUCAGACCUUCAGAUGGUCCGGAGUGUGCUUGGGGAACAUGCUAAGUCGAUCAUACUGAUGUCCAAGGUUGAGAAUCAAGAAGGCGUUGCUAAUUUUGACGACAUACUUGCAAAUUCAGACGCUUUCAUGGUUGCCCGAGGUGAUUUGGGGAUGGAGAUCCCGAUUGAGAAGAUAUUCUUCGCUCAGAAGGUGAUGAUCUUCAAGUGUAAUCAGCAAGGAAAGCCUGUUGUCACUGCAACCCAGAUGCUGGAGUCAAUGAUUAAGUCUCCCCGGCCUACACGGGCAGAAGCAACUGAUGUCGCCAAUGCUGUCCUGGAUGGAACUGACUGCGUGAUGCUUAGUGGUGAGACAGCAGCAGGGGCAUAUCCAGAGUUAGCAGUGCAGACAAUGUCCAACAUCUGCUUGAUGGCGGAGACAUAUGUGGAUCAUGACGCAGUCUUCAAGUUGAUUAACAAAGCAGCCCCAAUCCCUAUGAGCCCGCUGGAGAGUUUGGCAUCAUCAGCUGUCCGGACUGCUAAUAUCUCCAAAGCCUCGCUCAUCUUGGUACUCACCAGGGGAGGUACAACUGCAAGGCUCGUCGCCAAGUACAGGCCAGGCAUGCCGAUACUGAAUGCUGUGGUGCCAGAGCUGAAGACGGGCAAUGACUUCGACUGGACCUGCAGCGAUGAGACUCCUGCAAGGCAGAGCCUCAUCGUCAGGGGCCUGAUCCCGAUGCUGAGUGCCGCCACCUCAAAGGCUUCUGACACCGAGGCCACGGAGGAGGCCAUCAGUUUUGCCAUAGAUCAUGCGAAGAAGCUCGGCCUCUGCAAGGCAGGAGAUUCAGUCGUUGCGGUGCAUCGUCUCAGCGCAUCAUCUCUCGUCAGGAUCUUGACAGUCGAGUAG